AUAACAGAGGAUUUCCAAGGAUGGUUGUUGGCUCUACGAGGGAACUCAACACGAGACUCAUUCAUGCUGCAAAGAACGCUAAACGAAUUUCUGAGUUUGCUGCUGCAGUUGUCAUUCUUCCUGCAGCGUCGAACUCUUUCUUUGGGAAGAAGGCACUGCUGAAAGAUUUGGAAGUGCUACCACUUUGGCUCCGCCGAUUGGAGUCAUUUGGUGCUGUUGCUACUGUUGAGAUCGAAUUGAAGCUGGAUGCAAACAUAGGAGCUGAUAUCAUGGCUGGAGUAGGCGGUGUGACACGUGCUACAGGUGGUGUGUAAGAAAUAAUUAUACUACAUUGAA